GAGGAGGCGGAAACGAGGGGAGACCCCAUAGCUCCAUCAGGCCCCUUCCGAAGGCUCCCCCACCCGGUCCACGCCCCCCACUCCCCCACCCCGCCUCCUCCCAAUUGUGCAUUUUUGCAGCCGGAGGCGGCUCGGAGAUGGGGCUGUGAGCUUCGCCCGGGAGGGGGAAAAAGAGGAACGAAGAGAAAAGCCGGGGGUGAAGGGUUUGGAUUUGGGGGCAGAGGGUGCACCCCCGUCUGCAGGCCCUCCCCAAGGGGCUCCGAACUCUACCUCUUCACCCAGACCCCUGGUGAGCUUUGCUGAAGGAUAGGAUAAGAAUAGAGGAGGAGAAGGGAGGAAGGAGGAAAAGGGGGGACCCCCCAAUUGGGGGGGGCGGCGACGGCGAAAAGUAACAGGACCAGAGGGCAGGGGGCUGCUGCUUGCAUCAGCCCACACCAUGUUGACCCCGCCGCUGCUGCUGUUGCUGCCCCUGCUCUCAGCUCUGGUCGCGGCCGCUGUCGAUGUCCCUAAGACUUGCAGCCCAAAGCAGUUUGCCUGCAGAGACCAGAUCACCUGUAUCUCAAAGGGCUGGCGCUGUGAUGGUGAGAGGGACUGCCCCGACGGAUCUGACGAGGCUCCCGAGAUUUGUCCACAGAGUAAGACCCAGCGAUGUCAGCCGAACGAGCACAAUUGCCUGGGCACCGAGCUGUGUAUUCUCAUGUCCCGCCUCUGCAACGGGGUCCAGGACUGCACAGAUGGGUCGGACGAGGGGCCCCACUGCCGAGAGCAGCGAGGACAGUGUUCUCAUCUGGGCUGCCAGCACCACUGUGUCCCUACACUCAACGGGCCCACCUGCUACUGCAACAACAGCUUUCAACUUCAGGCAGACGGCAAGACCUGCAAAGACUUUGACGAGUGCUCGGUUUAUGGCAUCUGCAGCCAGCUGUGCACCAACACAGAUGGUUCCUUCACGUGCGGCUGCGUGGAAGGGUACCUGCUGCAGCCAGACAACCGCUCCUGCAAGGCCAAGAACGAGCCGGUAGACCGACCCCCUGUGCUGCUGAUUGCCAACUCACAGAACAUCCUGGCUACAUACCUGAGUGGGGCCCAGGUCUCUACCAUCACACCCACUAGCACACGGCAGACCACAGCCAUGGACUUCAGCUAUGCCAACGAGACGGUGUGCUGGGUGCACGUUGGGGACAGUGCUGCCCAGACACAGCUCAAGUGUGCCCGCAUGCCGGGCCUGAAGGGCUUCGUGGAUGAGCACACCAUCAACAUCUCCCUCAGCCUGCACCACGUGGAACAGAUGGCCAUCGACUGGCUGACAGGCAACUUCUACUUUGUGGAUGACAUCGAUGAUAGGAUCUUUGUCUGCAACCGAAACGGGGACACGUGUGUCACUUUGCUAGACCUGGAGCUCUACAACCCCAAGGGCAUUGCACUGGACCCUGCCAUGGGGAAGGUGUUCUUCACUGACUACGGGCAGAUCCCCAAAGUGGAGCGCUGUGAUAUGGACGGGCAGAACCGCACCAAGCUGGUCGACAGCAAGAUUGUGUUUCCUCACGGCAUCACGCUGGACCUGGUCAGCCGCCUCGUCUACUGGGCCGAUGCCUACCUGGACUACAUUGAGGUGGUGGAUUACGAGGGCAAGGGCCGGCAGACCAUCAUCCAGGGCAUCCUGAUCGAGCACCUGUAUGGCCUGACCGUGUUUGAGAAUUAUCUCUACGCCACCAACUCAGACAAUGCCAACGCCCAGCAGAAGACAAGCGUGAUCCGCGUGAACCGCUUCAACAGCACCGACUACCAGGUCGUCACCCGUGUGGACAAGGGAGGUGCCCUCCACAUCUACCACCAGCGGCGUCAGCCCCGAGUGAGGAGCCACGCCUGCGAGAAUGACCAGUACGGGAAGCCAGGAGGCUGCUCCGACAUCUGUCUGCUGGCCAACAGUCACAAGGCGCGGACCUGCCGCUGCCGCUCCGGCUUCAGCCUGGGCAGUGAUGGGAAGUCGUGCAAGAAGCCGGAACACGAGCUAUUCCUCGUGUAUGGCAAGGGCCGGCCAGGCAUCAUCCGGGGCAUGGAUAUGGGGGCCAAGGUCCCCGACGAGCACAUGAUCCCCAUCGAGAACCUCAUGAACCCCCGGGCCCUGGACUUCCAUGCUGAGACCGGCUUCAUCUACUUUGCCGACACCACCAGCUACCUCAUUGGCCGCCAGAAGAUCGAUGGCACUGAGCGGGAGACCAUCCUGAAGGAUGGCAUACACAAUGUGGAGGGCGUAGCUGUGGACUGGAUGGGGGACAAUUUGUACUGGACGGAUGAUGGGCCCAAGAAGACCAUCAGUGUGGCCAGGCUGGAGAAAGCUGCUCAGACCCGCAAGACCUUAAUCGAGGGCAAAAUGACACACCCCAGGGCCAUUGUGGUGGAUCCGCUCAAUGGGUGGAUGUACUGGACUGACUGGGAGGAGGACCCCAAGGACAGUCGGCGAGGGCGGCUGGAGAGGGCCUGGAUGGACGGCUCACACCGAGACAUCUUUGUCACCUCCAAGACAGUACUUUGGCCCAAUGGGCUGAGCCUGGACAUCCCAGCUGGGCGCCUCUACUGGGUGGACGCUUUCUAUGAUCGCAUCGAGACCAUCCUGCUCAAUGGCACGGACCGGAAGAUUGUGUACGAGGGUCCUGAGCUGAACCACGCCUUUGGCCUGUGUCACCACGGCAACUACCUCUUCUGGACCGAGUACCGGAGUGGCAGUGUCUACCGCUUGGAACGGGGCACAGGAGGCGCGCCCCCCAUCGUGACCCUUCUGCGCAGCGAGCGGCCCCCCAUUUUUGAGAUCCGCAUGUAUGAUGCCCAGCAGCAGCAAGUGGGUACCAACAAGUGCCGGGUGAACAAUGGCGGCUGCAGCAGCCUGUGCCUGGCCACCCCUGGGAGCCGCCAGUGUGCCUGUGCUGAGGACCAGGUGUUGGACACAGACGGUGUCACUUGUUUGGCAAACCCGUCCUACGUGCCCCCACCCCAGUGCCAGCCAGGCGAGUUCGCCUGCUCAAACAGCCGCUGCAUCCAGGAACGCUGGAAGUGCGAUGGGGACAACGACUGCCUGGACAACAGCGACGAGGCCCCCGCCCUCUGCCAUCAGCACACCUGCCCUUCGGACCGGUUCAAGUGCGAGAACAACCGUUGCAUCCCCAACCGCUGGCUCUGUGACGGGGACAAUGACUGCGGGAACAGCGAAGACGAGUCCAAUGCCACUUGCUCAGCUCGCACCUGCCCACCCAACCAGUUCUCCUGUGCCAGUGGCCGCUGCAUCCCCAUCUCCUGGACGUGCGACCUGGAUGACGAUUGUGGGGACCGCUCCGAUGAGUCAGCCUCAUGUGCCUAUCCCACCUGCUUCCCCCUGACUCAGUUUACCUGCAACAACGGCAGAUGCAUCAACAUCAACUGGAGAUGUGACAAUGACAAUGACUGUGGGGACAACAGUGACGAGGCCGGCUGCAGCCACUCCUGCUCUAGCACCCAGUUCAAGUGUAACAGCGGGCGCUGCAUCCCCGAGCACUGGACCUGCGAUGGGGACAACGACUGCGGGGACUACAGCGAUGAGACACACGCCAACUGCACCAACCAGGCCACAAGGCCUCCUGGCGGCUGCCACAAUGAUGAGUUCCAGUGCCGGCUGGAUGGUCUGUGCAUCCCCCUGCGGUGGCGCUGUGAUGGGGACACUGACUGCAUGGACUCCAGUGACGAGAAGAGCUGUGAGGGAGUGACCCACGUCUGUGACCCCAAUGUCAAGUUUGGCUGCAAAGACUCUGCUCGGUGCAUCAGCAAAGCGUGGGUGUGCGAUGGCGACAGCGACUGUGAGGACAACUCGGAUGAGGAGAACUGUGAGUCCCUGGCCUGCAGGCCACCCUCACACCCCUGUGCCAACAACACCUCGGUCUGCCUGCCCCCUGACAAGCUGUGUGACGGCAACGAUGACUGUGGAGAUGGCUCGGAUGAGGGAGAGCUCUGCGACCAGUGCUCUCUGAACAACGGUGGCUGCAGCCACAACUGCUCGGUGGCACCUGGCGAAGGCAUAGUGUGCUCGUGUCCUCUGGGCAUGGAGCUGGGGCCUGACAACCACACGUGCCAGAUCCAGAGCUACUGCGCCAAGCACCUCAAGUGCAGCCAGAAGUGCGACCAGAACAAGUUCAGUGUGAAGUGCUCCUGCUAUGAGGGCUGGGUGCUGGAGCCGGACGGCGAGAGCUGCCGCAGCCUGGACCCUUUCAAGCCGUUUAUCAUCUUCUCCAACCGCCAUGAGAUCCGGCGCAUCGACCUUCACAAAGGGGACUACAGCGUCCUGGUGCCCGGCCUGCGCAACACCAUCGCCCUGGACUUCCACCUCAGCCAGAGCGCCCUCUACUGGACCGACGUGGUGGAGGACAAGAUCUACCGCGGGAAGCUGCUGGACAACGGAGCCCUGACCAGUUUCGAGGUGGUGAUUCAGUAUGGCCUAGCCACACCCGAGGGCCUGGCUGUAGACUGGAUCGCAGGCAACAUCUACUGGGUGGAGAGUAACCUGGACCAGAUUGAGGUGGCCAAGCUGGAUGGGACCCUUCGGACCACGCUGCUGGCCGGUGACAUUGAGCACCCAAGGGCGAUUGCACUGGAUCCCCGGGAUGGGAUCUUGUUUUGGACGGACUGGGAUGCCAGCCUGCCCCGCAUCGAGGCAGCCUCCAUGAGUGGGGCUGGGCGCCGCACCAUCCACCGGGAGACGGGCUCUGGGGGCUGGCCCAACGGGCUCACCGUGGAUUACCUGGAGAAGCGCAUCCUCUGGAUCGACGCCAGGUCAGACGCCAUUUACUCAGCCCGUUACGACGGCUCCGGUCACAUGGAGGUGCUUCGGGGACACGAGUUCCUGUCGCACCCGUUUGCAGUGACACUGUAUGGUGGCGAGGUGUACUGGACGGACUGGCGGACAAACACGCUGGCCAAGGCCAACAAGUGGACCGGCCACAAUGUCACCGUGGUACAGAGGACCAACACCCAGCCCUUCGACCUGCAGGUGUAUCACCCCUCCCGGCAGCCCAUGGCUCCCAACCCCUGUGAGGCCAAUGGGGGCCGGGGCCCCUGCUCCCACCUGUGCCUCAUCAACUACAACCGGACGGUUUCCUGCGCCUGCCCGCACCUCAUGAAGCUCCACAAGGACAGCACCACCUGCUAUGAGUUUAAGAAGUUCCUGCUGUACGCACGUCAGAUGGAGAUCCGGGGCGUGGACCUGGACGCCCCCUACUACAACUACAUCAUCUCCUUCACGGUGCCUGAUAUCGACAACGUCACGGUGCUGGACUACGAUGCCCGAGAGCAGCGCGUUUACUGGUCCGACGUGCGGACCCAGGCCAUCAAGCGGGCCUUCAUCAAUGGCACAGGCGUGGAGACGGUUGUCUCUGCAGACUUGCCAAAUGCCCAUGGGCUGGCUGUCGACUGGGUGUCCCGAAACCUGUUCUGGACAAGCUACGACACCAACAAGAAGCAGAUCAACGUGGCCCGGCUGGACGGCUCCUUCAAGAAUGCGGUGGUGCAGGGCUUGGAGCAGCCCCACGGCCUGGUUGUCCACCCGCUGCGUGGGAAGCUCUACUGGACGGACGGUGACAACAUCAGCAUGGCCAACAUGGACGGCAGCAACCGCACCCUGCUCUUCAGUGGCCAGAGGGGCCCUGUGGGCCUGGCUAUCGACUUCCCUGAAAGCAAACUCUACUGGAUCAGCUCCAAGAACCAUACCAUCAACCGCUGCAACCUGGACGGGAGUGGGCUAGAGGUCAUCGACGCCAUGCGGAACCAGCUGGGCAAGGCCACCGCCCUGGCCAUCAUGGGGGACAAGCUGUGGUGGGCAGAUCAGGUGUCAGAGAAGAUGGGCACGUGCAACAAGGCUGACGGCUCGGGCGCCGUGGUCCUGCGGAACAGCACCACCCUGGUGAUGCACAUGAAGGUCUACGAUGAGAGCAUCCAGCUGGACCACGAGGGCACCAACCCCUGCAGUGUCAACAACGGCGACUGCUCCCAGCUCUGCCUGCCCACGUCGGAGUCCACCCGCUCCUGCAUGUGCACAGCUGGCUACAGCCUCCGGAGUGGCCAGCAGGCCUGCGAGGGUGUGGGCUCCUUUCUCCUGUACUCUGUGCAUGAGGGAAUCCGGGGAAUCCCCCUGGAUCCCAAUGACAAGUCAGACGCCCUGGUCCCAGUGUCGGGGACCUCCCUGGCUGUCGGCAUCGACUUCCAUGCUGAAAAUGACACCAUCUACUGGGUGGACAUGGGCCUAAGUACCAUCAGCCGGGCUAAGCGAGACCAGACGUGGCGUGAGGACGUGGUGACCAAUGGCAUUGGCCGCGUGGAGGGCAUCGCAGUGGACUGGAUCGCAGGCAACAUCUACUGGACAGACCAGGGCUUUGACGUCAUCGAGGUCGCCCGGCUCAAUGGCUCUUUCCGCUACGUGGUCAUCUCCCAGGGUCUGGACAAGCCCCGGGCAAUCACUGUCCACCCGGAGAAGGGGUACUUGUUCUGGACUGAGUGGGGCCAGUAUCCGCGUAUUGAGCGGUCUCGCCUGGACGGCGCUGAGCGAGUGGUGCUGGUUAACGUCAGCAUCAGCUGGCCCAACGGCAUUUCAGUGGACUAUCAGGAUGGGAAGCUGUACUGGUGCGACGCCCGGACCGACAAGAUCGAGCGGAUCGACCUGGAGACGGGCGAGGACCGCGAGGUAGUUCUGUCCAGCAACAACAUGGACAUGUUCUCGGUGUCCGUGUUUGAGGAGUUCAUCUACUGGAGUGACAGGACUCACGCCAACGGCUCCAUCAAGCGCGGGAGCAAGGACAACGCCACAGACUCCGUGCCCCUGCGAACGGGCAUCGGCGUCCAGCUCAAAGACAUCAAAGUCUUCAACCGGGACCGACAGAAAGGCACCAAUGUGUGUGCGGUGGCCAACGGCGGGUGCCAGCAGCUGUGCCUGUACCGGGGGGGCGGGCAGCGGGCCUGCGCCUGCGCCCACGGGAUGCUGGCUGAAGAUGGGGCGUCGUGCCGUGAGUACGCAGGCUACCUGCUCUACUCGGAGCGCACCAUCCUCAAGAGCAUCCACCUGUCGGAUGAGCGCAACCUCAACGCGCCGGUGCAGCCCUUCGAGGACCCUGAGCACAUGAAGAACGUCAUCGCUCUGGCCUUCGACUACCGAGCAGGCACCUCCCCGGGCACCCCCAACCGCAUCUUCUUCAGCGACAUCCACUUUGGGAACAUCCAGCAGAUCAAUGACGAUGGCUCGGGCAGGACCACCAUUGUGGAGAACGUGGGCUCCGUGGAAGGCCUGGCCUAUCACCGUGGCUGGGAUACUCUCUACUGGACAAGCUACACGACAUCCACCAUCACCCGCCACACGGUGGACCAGACCCGCCCAGGGGCCUUCGAGCGUGAGACGGUCAUCACCAUGUCUGGAGACGACCACCCAAGGGCCUUUGUGCUGGAUGAGUGCCAGAACCUGAUGUUCUGGACCAAUUGGAACGAGCAGCACCCCAGCAUCAUGCGGGCAGCCCUGUCAGGAGCCAACGUCCUGACUCUCAUCGAGAAGGACAUCCGCACCCCCAAUGGCCUGGCCAUCGACCACCGGGCCGAGAAGCUCUACUUCUCCGACGCCACCCUAGACAAGAUCGAGCGGUGCGAGUACGACGGCUCCCAUCGCUAUGUGAUCCUGAAGUCAGAGCCCGUCCACCCCUUCGGGUUGGCUGUGUAUGGGGAGCACAUCUUCUGGACCGACUGGGUGCGGCGGGCCGUGCAACGGGCCAACAAGUACGUGGGCAGUGACAUGAAGCUGCUGCGCGUGGACAUCCCCCAGCAGCCCAUGGGCAUCAUCGCCGUGGCCAAUGAUACCAACAGCUGCGAACUCUCCCCUUGUCGCAUCAACAACGGGGGCUGCCAGGACCUGUGUCUGCUCACUCACCAAGGCCAUGUCAACUGCUCCUGCCGAGGGGGCCGCAUCCUCCAGGACGACCUCAGCUGCCAGGCGGUGAAUUCCUCGUGCCGAGCUCAAGAUGAGUUCGAGUGUGCCAAUGGCGAGUGCAUCAACUUCAGCCUGACGUGCGACGGCGUCUCCCACUGCAAGGACAAGUCUGACGAGAAGCCGUCCUACUGCAAUACACGCCGCUGCAAGAAGACUUUCCGCCAGUGCAACAAUGGGCGCUGUGUGUCCAACAUGCUGUGGUGCAACGGAGCAGACGACUGCGGGGACGGUUCUGAUGAGAUUCCCUGCAACAAGACGGCCUGUGGCACGGGCGAAUUCCGCUGCUGGGACGGCACCUGCAUUGGGAACUCCAGUCGCUGCAACCAGUUUGUGGACUGUGAGGAUGCCUCGGACGAGAUGAACUGCAGCGCCACCGACUGCAGCAGCUACUUCCGCCUGGGGGUGAAGGGCGGGCGCUUCCAGCCCUGUGAGCGGACCUCCCUCUGCUACGCGCCCAGCUGGGUGUGCGAUGGUGCGAACGACUGCGGGGACUACAGCGACGAGCGCGACUGCCCAGGUGUGAAGCGCCCCAGAUGCCCCCUGAACUACUUCGCCUGCCCUAGUGGGCGCUGCAUCCCCAUGAGUUGGACGUGUGACAAGGAGGACGACUGUGAGCACGGCGAGGAUGAGACCCACUGCAACAAGUUCUGCUCAGAGGCCCAGUUUGAGUGCCAGAACCAUCGCUGCAUCUCCAAGCAGUGGCUGUGUGAUGGCAGCGAUGACUGCGGGGACGGCUCGGACGAGGCCGCUCACUGUGAAGGCAAGACGUGCGGCCCCAGCUCCUUCUCCUGCCCGGGCACCCACGUGUGCGUCCCCGAGCGCUGGCUCUGUGACGGUGACAAGGACUGUGCUGACGGUGCUGACGAGAGCGUCACAGCCGGCUGCUUGUACAACAGCACCUGUGAGGACCGCGAGUUCAUGUGUCAGAACCGCCAGUGCAUCCCCAAGCACUUCAUGUGUGACCACGACCGGGACUGCGCCGACGGCUCUGACGAGUCCCCCGAGUGUGAGUACCCGACCUGCGGCCCCAACGAGUUCCGCUGCGCCAACGGGCGCUGCCUGAGCUCCCGCCAGUGGGAGUGCGAUGGUGAAAAUGACUGCCACGACCAGAGCGACGAGGCCCCCAAGAACCCGCACUGCACCAGCCCAGAGCACAAGUGCAACGCCUCCUCGCAGUUCCUGUGCAGCAUCGGGCGCUGCGUGGCCGAGGCGCUGCUUUGCGACGGUCAGGACGACUGCGGCGACGGCUCGGAUGAGCGCGGCUGCCACGUCAACGAGUGCCUCAGCCGCAAGCUCAGCGGCUGCAGCCAGGACUGCGAGGACCUCAAGAUUGGCUUCAAGGUGUGCUGUGCCCCGGGUGGGAGCCUCCACGCUCCCGAGCCUGGCUGGGACUCCUUUCUCCAUCCCUCAUUCAUUUAUUCAUUGGUUCAUUCAUCCAACGGGGGCUAACUCAGCUCCUAUCCUGCCAGGCAGUGUUCUAGGCACUGGGGACCCAGCAUUGAGCACAACAGAAAUCUCUGCUUAGUUGGUUCUGCAUCUGUUUGGGAGGUAGAGCCAGCAGGCUUUGCUGGCAGAUGAGGUCAGGGGCACGAGAGAAGGAGGGGCGCGCAGAUGUCAAACAGGCGCCAGAUGCGCAGGCCUGCCGUCCAAGGGGGAGGCCAGGCAGGAGAGAGAGGCUGGGAGCUGUCACCAUAGAGACGGCAUUUAAGUCCUGAGUCUGGAUAAGAUCCCGAAGCGGGCCAGUGUAGAUGAAAACGAGGGCGGUCCGAGGCCUGAGCCCUGUACUCAGCCACACUGAGGGCAGUGAGGUGAGGGGGGAGCGGCAGAGAAGCCUGAGCAGGGGCAGCCUUGGGGGCAGGAGAGCAGCCAAGCGAAGAAAGUGCUGGAGGAGGAGGUGAUGGACUCUGUCGGAUGAGGCUCGCGGGUCACGUGAGAGGAGGCCUGAGCCUCAACCUCGGGACGCAGAGUCGUGGCAGUCACUGGGGACUCACGCCAGUGGUUUGGGUGGGGGUGAGAGCCAGACGGCUGGCGUGGGCCAGCUCAGUGCCUGUGCGCUGCCUGCUUCCCUUGGUGAGGCUGGGCUUCCCCGUCAACAGCCAGCCACCCAGGGUGGAGGGGGCUUCUGACCCUCGGUCUCGAGGUGAGAGGCCUGCAGUUCCUGGGGCGGCCCAGACCCCUGCCCGUGCCCACCCCAGGCUCCCUGUG